GUGUCAAAAAAAAAACACGCAUGCAUGAGGCACCAGGUUUGCUACAAGACAAUCUGCCUCCAUGUGUUAUAAGAAUACGUGGGAACUUUAGCAGUAGCAUUUGAAUUGGGUCCAUUUUAAUGACACAAACCGGCAAUAUGUUGGGCCAAUGUAAAUGGGAGAUGCUAAUUUUUAUUUUUAUUUUAAAAAAGGUUGAAAUAUUUCACACCCUUCAAUUAUUGGGGGAAAAAUGGUUCAGUAAGCCAUGGUCCACCGCGAUGUGGUAAGCCACCGAACACAGUGUAUCGUGUGAUGUCUUAAAAGCACUUUUUAGACUAUCUAUGUUCAAAGGACAUGAUCGAAUGAUUUAACUGUAUCAUUUUCCAAUGGACCCAAAUUGUGGUGGGCUGGAUUAUGGUCAUGAUAAUUUCUUGAGGAAAUUCCCCAUUUUUCUUAAGAAAAACAUCGAUUGUCUCGAAAAUCAUGGCUAUUCAUGACGACACCAAAGUCUCCCAUAGAUGCACGGCAUAAACUUACAUCAAUCGAAGCCAUCCAAAUCAUGAGCCCCAUCUUAUAAACAUUAUAACCGCAACAGCUCAUUUAUUGGACCACCCUUUUGAGGGAUUGUACUGUUGAAGGUUUUUGGCAUAACCAUCCAUUUGAUGGUUAGAAUCAUCCGUUCAGUUCAAUUUCUAGCUCAUGAUCAAUCCACAACUGGCCAUGUGAUUUGAACGGUUAGGAUUCAUGGAAACAUGCACCAUUUAUACUUCGACUGCUUGCAUGUGCAGUGAUAUUUGUACUCUUCCAUUACAUAUCAAAUGAUCCCUUAUUAGUUAUUUCUCCAUAAGAUUUAGGACCCGGUUAACUAACAAAAAUAGCAAACCAUCCAUUUAUUGGAUGGUGAGGACAGUCCCAUCAAUCCAAAUGGUGGCAGUGGCCAAUCAAUGGUGAGGCCGGAUGAAUGGUUCAGAUCACCAUACACGUGUCACGCUUACUGCCAAAUUAUGGGUGACAUCAUGGACCCAGCUUGUGUUGCAGCCCACUGUUGCUGGUCUUACGAGAUGCUAUGAUGAUUUGAGCCGUUCAUAAUUUCUUCAUAACCGUAAAGAAACAAUCACGAAAAAAUCACGAUUCCGUUCCGAUCAUGUGAUCAGUCAGUAUGUGGGCCCCAUUGGGCGGCGACAAACGCUGGAUGCUCAGUCGCGGCAGAGGUAAACCGACCUCCACCUGAAAGAACGGUAAGCCAAACACGGAAGCAGAUUGGCUGGUGUACCACGCACCAACGAUAUGGCUGGUGUGUUGACGUCAUCAAUUCCGUAGAUCCCACCAUGAGGUAUGUGUUAUAUCCCAACCGUCCUUUCAUUUGGCGAGCUAGUUGUGUGGGUCCCACCAUGACAAUGAUUCUCACCGUUAAAACAUUCGUAGGGCCGGUUUACUUUCCAUCCAAUCUGUUCAUAAGGUCACACACACCAAAUAUCAUAUUGAUCCAAAACUUCUGACCAGCAAAAGGGUUUCAAUGGUAGAAGUUCAAUCCCUCACAGCUUUUUACAGUGUGGUCCACCUUGAUUUUUGGAUCUGUCUUAUUUUUAGGCUCAAGCCUUACGACGAGCUCACCAAGUUUACGGACGGUUUGGAUAUAACUCAUACCUCAUGAUGGGACCCACAGAACUUGGUUACGUCAACACACUAGCCACAUCGGUGGUGUGUGUGGUACACCUCACCAGCCAAUCCGCUUCCUACAACGACAUAGUCAAAUGGAAGAAAAUGCCCUGUGAUGUCGGAACAAAAGGAUGCAAUUACAAAGCGAAAAUCAGGGAAAUCCAGACCGUACAUCCAACUGAAUAGAUAUAUUAACUAUUUUUAGGAAGCUGUUAAGCCCAUUAAUCCGUGAUUAAAGGGGAACGGGUGAUUAUAAAAGGGAGAGAAGGCAUUAGGAAACUUUAGAUUUGAGGGAGGGGUAGCCUUGGGUGAGGUGAGAGCCGUUGAUUUUAACUGCUUUCACAUUUCGGGUGGGCCCAAAGAUUCAUUAGUGUGUUGCAAGAUGGCCGGUGGAGGAUUAGUAUCGCAGGGCGAGGCAAAGAACUAUGCCGGUAAGACGACGCUUUUCGUGUUGGUCACCUGCAUGGUGGCUGCAACGGGCGGUCUCAUCUUCGGCUACGAUAUCGGUAUUUCAGGUGGUGUGACAUCCAUGGAUGUGUUCUUGAAGCAGUUCUUCCCUGAUGUGUAUAGGAAAAUGAAGGAAGAUACUGAUGAAAACCAGUACUGCAAGUUCGACAGCCAAAUGCUCACCACCUUCACGUCCUCGCUCUACAUAGCGGGCCUUGUUGCAUCCUUCAUUGCCUCUGCAACCACAAGAAUCUUUGGCCGGAAGGUGUCCAUGUUGUUAGGUGGGGCCACCUUCCUGGCAGGCUCGGCUGUCAAUGGUGCCGCCGUCAAUGUAGCCAUGCUUAUCAUCGGUAGGCUUUUGCUCGGUGUUGGUGUAGGUUUCGCCAAUCAGGCAGUUCCAGUCUACCUAUCGGAGAUGGCCCCAGCCCAGCUACGUGGAGCCCUCAACAUCGGCUUCCAACUGGCUAUAACCAUAGGAAUUCUAGCUGCAAAUCUUGUGAACUAUGGGACAAACCAGAUCAAGGGUGGAUAUGGGUGGAGAGUGUCGCUGGCAUUGGCUGCAGUCCCUGCGAUUCUGAUGACCAUCGGCUCGCUCCUGCUUCCAGACACGCCCAAUUCCCUGAUUGAGAGGGGUCACAACGACCAGGCCAAGGCCAUGUUGCAGAAGGUUCGUGGCACUACAGAUGUAGAUGAGGAGUUCGAAGAUCUCAUCCAAGCGUCCCAGAUCGCUAAGCUAGUGGACCAUCCAUGGAAGAACAUCAUGGAGAGGAAGUACAGACCACAGCUGAUCAUGGCCAUUGCAAUUCCCUUCUUCCAGCAGCUCACUGGCAUCAAUGUCAUCAUGUUCUACGCUCCGGUCCUGUUCAAGACCUUAGGUUUUGGGGAUGACGCCUCCCUCAUGUCUGCGGUCAUAACGGGCCUUGUCAAUGUGCUCGCCACUUUCGUGUCAAUCGUCACCGUCGAUCGCUAUGGAAGGAGGUUCUUGUUCCUUGAAGGUGGCUCUCAGAUGCUUAUAUGCCAGGUCGCCAUCGGCAUCAUCCUCGGCCUGAAGUUUGGCGUCACCGGCACCGGAACACUAACCAAGACCGACGCUGACGUGGUCCUCUUCCUCAUCUGCGCCUACGUGGCCGCCUUCGCCUGGUCGUGGGGCCCCCUAGGAUGGUUGGUCCCCAGCGAGAUCUUCCCCCUGGAGAUCCGAUCGGCAGGCCAGUCCAUAACCGUUGCAGUCAACCUCCUGUUCACCUUCUUCAUCGCCCAGGCCUUCCUCACCAUGCUAUGCCACCUCAAGUUCGGCCUCUUCUUCUUCUUCGCUGGCUUUGUCUUGAUCAUGACCUUAUUCAUUAGCUUCUUCCUUCCCGAGACGAAGAACGUCCCGAUCGAGGAGAUGAAUAGAGUUUGGAAGCAGCACUGGUUUUGGGGGAAGUUCAUCUCCGAUGAAGACUCUGAAUAAGAAGAAGAUGGUUGUAACUUCGAGAUGGCAUCAGCUACGGGCAUACCUCACCCUCAUAUCUCAACGAUGAUAUUAUCUUUAAUAUAUGAAUUCUACUCGAGAAGGAUAGAGAAUGGAAUUUCUUCUAUUUCUUCUUCUUCUUCUUUUACUUUCUUUUUUCUACAUUUGACUGAGUUAGAAUCCUUUAUUACUA